CUACUUCGACUACUCCUCCAACGUGUUCGCACGUUGUUUUUUUUUUCUAUUUGGUGGAGGCAACAUCAACUCCCGCUUCUAGUUGCCAUCCUGCCACCACAUUUGUUAACAUUGCACCAACUGCCACUCGUUUAUUCGGCAAUCUGGAGCGGUCCUUAUUACUUCUGCAAGUUGCAUGCCAAACUAAAUUCUUCCGAUUCAUCAUCUUAUUCUUUAUCCGAUGAGGCUUAAUUUCUUUGACUAGUUAGCAAGAGAGAGGUGGCUGAGCAGGUCUGUCCGGUUAACAGUCCAGCUCUUUAGGAAAGAAGCUGAUAGUCAAGCUUGGCUCUUUUAUAGCACAGGUCCACAGCUCUGGCUUUAAGCUGUCUCAUAUCUACAACAAAAGUGAUAAACUGCAAUGGAAGUCCCUGGAUCUCCAUGCAAUGCAGAUGACGAUGAAGCACAAAACAGCAAUGAUGAAAACUGUCAGAACCACAUACUGCCACCAUCAACGCAAACGUCCAAUCUAACUAAUAAUAAAAGGUUGUACUUUGACAGUGAUGAUGGUAGAAAAAACGACAUAGACUAUGGCUGCACUCCUGAAAAACGUCCACUAAUUAUGGCCCCUGUUUCUAGUGUUAUUACCUGUGUUGAAUCCUAUUUAGACUGUGAUCGAGAAUCUAGACUUCCUAGUGGAGAACAUUCUGCACAAACUUCUCAUGUGUUUGAAAUCAUAGAUGAUAUUGAACUGGAUGAUGAUGGACUGGGUACUGAUUUGAGUGCUCGGAGUUAUAUCUCAAACGGCCGGGAAUCACUUGAUCUUUCUAGCGACGAUGAUGAUGAAGAAUACUUGGAUGAUAACGAGGUCUAUGCAUGGUUGGAAGAGGGGGUUGACUCCCGCAAGUCUGGAUCAGAUGGAGAAACAAAAGAUGACGGAUCACAGGGGCCAAUUGAAGUGCAAAAGAUUGUUUUAAAAGAGAGGGGCCAUGAUCCAUUUGACAUUCUACCAGAAGGCUGGAUAAUAGUAACUCAUAAUAGUGGCAUGCCAGUUUAUUUGCAUAAAGAAUCAAGAGUAUGUACUCUCUCCAAACCAUACUUCUUGGGACCUGGUAGUGCCAGAAAACAUGACAUUCCUGUAAGUGCAAUUCCUUGUCUUCAUUAUUCCCGUGAAUUGGAGAAAGAAUGUCAGCGUGGUACUCUUAAAGAUCUUGAACCCUUAACUAUCACUGAAGAACUUGAAUGUACAGAUAACCAAAAUUCUGAACAAGCUGAAAAUAAUGAUGAAUCAGAAUUCCCAGCCAUUAGUGAGAAUGACACUGAUCAAUUGAACAGCAACCUGGAAUGUAAUACUUGCCCUAUGGUAGAUGUUGAUGGCAGUUCAAAAACUCCAGCAGUUAAGAUUGAGUGUGCUGAAGAAAGAAAAAAGGAAAAUUCACUUGAUCCAUUAGAAUUGAGGAAGUAUUGUGAGAAGAGAUUUGAAUUCAAAAAAAUUACAGUUAAAAAAUUUAAAACAUGGAAGGAAAGAAGACGUCACAUGAGUUUAAUGAAAAAGCAAUCACGGCCAGCUUUACCCUCAAAUACCAAACUAAUAACUUGCCCUGUUCCUUCAAGCAAAGGUGAUGAUAAAGUGAAUCGACGGCGAGAAUUUGUUCUAAACCCUAGUGGCAAGUCUUAUGUGUGUAUACUACAUGAAUACGUCCAGCAUACAAUGCGGGUACAACCACGAUAUAUUUUUAGAGAAGUCGAAAAUGCUCAAACUCCUUACAGUGCAACUAUUGUGAUAAAUGAUGUGGAAUAUGGUACGGGAUUUGCUGGAAGCAAAAAAGCUGCCAAGAUGGAAGCAGCGAAAGCAACACUUAAAGUGUUAAUUCCUGAAAUGAAUAAGAUGACAGAAGAUAACAAGAGUUAUGAAUCUGAAGAUCUGUCUUUUUUUGAUGAAAUUAAAAUAGAAGACCCCCGUGUCUAUGAACUUUGUAAUAAAGCUGGACAGCCAACACCCUAUCAGAUCUUAUUAGAAUGUCUCCGCAGUAAACCGUGUUCUGGGCGAGAAAUUCCACCAGUAUUCAAAGUUUCAAACUUUGAAUACUGGUUAGUUAACUGUUUAGUUUUUAAAAAAUUAAUUAAAAAAUCUGUGAGCCAAAUUGAACAGAUCCACAACAAUAAUGCUUUCCCUGCUUUUGAGAUUGACUGCACCAAAGAUUAUGAGUUAAAAGUUGUGUGUAAAAAUAAAAGAGAAGGAAAACAACAAGCUGCACAAGCUAUAUUGCAGCGUCUCCAUCCACAUAUUACCAGUUGGGGUUCUUUAUUACGGCUGUAUGGUCGAAUUUCAUUCAAAAUAAUCCGUGAAAAGAAAGAAGAAGAGCAGAGCAUUACUGAAUUACAGUCUCAGGCCAAGUCCAACAAACCCAAUACAGCAGUGUUAGAGAAACUCAGAGAAGAAAUGCGCAAGAUUAAAUUACAGAGGGAAUCCAUCAAAUCAAGAGGAAAGUUGCGGCUUGAAUCAGCUGUCCCUGUAGGAAACGUGUCAGGAUUAGACCUCUGAUACUAGUCCUUUGUUUACAGAUGUUUGUUAAUUUAUGCUAUCAAUGCACUUAAGAUUACUCUGUUGUUUCCAAUUUUAAUGCUUGUAGCCAAUUGUUUCUCUCUCCCUCCUCUUUCACACCCACACACAUUCUCUUUCUUUCACCCACCACCAACUUUGACUUGAAUGUCAUUCGAAGAAAAGUAAUAUUGAGUCAAUGACUUGGUCAUUUUUCCAUUACUGCACUCAACUAUCAAUCUGAUCUUCCACAAAAACACUACCCAUUUCUGUCUGUCUUAGCCAUAGUUGUUUGAAGUGUGAUUGAACUAUAUGGCGUCCUCAAUGUUUUUCUUAUUUUUGUGGGUGGGGGUUUACUUUUGAGGAACUUCCUACAUGUCAUCUUUAAAAAAACAAUCUCUUUACACUUUCCAGUAUCUUGCACUAUAGUUGUCAAUUGUUUGCAUAGAACUGUUUGUUAUCUCAAAAUCCAGCAACUGUAUCUUAUAUGUUAUUUUUUUAUUGCAUUUACAUUUACACUGCAUAACUUCAAUUAGAAAUGUGUUGAUGUUGUGUAGCUAGCCUUCCGCUGACUGAAGAGGGACAGAUGUUUGUUUUUGAUAAACUUCAUUAUAACUCUGGACUUUUACAUGGAACUUAAAAUGAAAGCAUUUGCAGUCGGAGGAUGAAGCACAAUUGUUAAUCCAGCCACCACUUCCUCCUAGCUCAUCUAAUUCUGUGUGCUCUCAUUCAUAUAUACAGAAUAAGUGGGUGAAAAAAUUGUGAUAACCAAGGGAGGCAAGUACUCCUUGCCCAUUCCAUAUUCUUCUAUUACUGCCUCAUUUAAAUAUUUGGAUGUUGACAUUACAUAUACACACAUGGUUAGUUUCCCAUCCCUAAGCUAUCAUGGUUAAAGUGAAACUAGCUAAAAUUGGAGUAAAGUGAUGAUAGCCUUUUAAUAAUUUAUCUCUCAUAUAUCAGUUGUUGUGUGCGUGCACGCACGCACGCACACACGCACACAUUGAUCAAUAUUUUCAGAUUCAUAUGUGAUUCUUGUUAAUUUAAAAUUAUCUCAACUAAAGAGGAAAUCCAAGAUUAUGGUUGAAUUUUCAAAGCAGAUAUAUUUUAUGGUUUAUGGUGGGCUAACUCCUUCAUAUGCAAGCAUACAUAGUGUGUGUGUGUGUGUGUGUGUGUAUGUAAUCUCUUUAGUAGGUACAUUUGAUUUUAUUCUUAUGGCCCCAACCACAAUAUAAAUUGUGACUCAGAUAUUUGAAGAAAAAAGUUUGCAUUGUUCAAAACAGUAUCAUGUGAAAUACUUUAUAGCAGGCAGUCGUUUUGUUAGAUUUUAAGUAGUGUCUCUUGCUCUAGAAAUUGGUGUGUGGAUAUGGUUCAGUUAUUCCUCUCAAUUUGAAAUGUAAUCUGAGCAGAGUUUUUUUUUUUGUUUUCAUAUUUUAGCUUCUUUUUAUACGUUUAUAUUUGUCAGGAAUCAGGAUUUAAGUAAAAGUUUUGUCUCCUUAAAUUGAAUUAUUCUCAUCUUGAAUGUCAUGAAACCACUUUUCUUUGUUUUUAAUAGAUUAUUUCAUUUCUCACUACCAGAAAUAUCUCUGUUCUGAUCCAAUUUUUUUCCUUUGUUGGUUUUUUUUUACCUACUAUUAAGAAUGUAAAAAGCCUUAGCAUUUAUGUGUCUUUCCUUGGAGGAAAUCUGAAAUCAUUUAUGCUGGGAUUAGUUUAGUGAAGUUACAUUAGAAACCAUUUAUUUUAUAACUAUUUUCACUUCAUAUGAACUUGAUUUUGGAGUCAGUCAUCAAAAAUCAAAAUGCUUUUUCAAGUUGCAAGGACAUUGGCUAAAUUAUGCAUUUACUACUCUUGUUUCUCUUAGUCACUUAUUUUCACUGGCAGCUGAAGGUAAUUAAUGCAGUGAAUAAACACUGAUAUCAUCAUGAUCAUCAUUAUCAUCAUUAUUAUCAAUUAAGUGGCUAUUUUUUAAGUCAAGUUUAAACCCAGAAAAAUGAAGGUAAUAAAUGUGUGAACUAGUCAAUUUUUAAUUCACAAUUACCAUCAUAUUGUCUCUCCUUCCAUUAUUCCUUGGCAUCUAAUACUUAUAUUGUCUUAAUAUUGUCUACAGCUGCUAUUUUACAUGCUGAAUAUGAAUUUAAAUUCUUCUCUUAUUGUUCCUUUCAGUGUUCUUAUACCUCAUUACAAUAUAUUUAGCAUACUGUAAAGGGACAUUAUCUUAAAACUCAGAUUUAGAGGAAGUACACAGCUGUCAUUGAAAAUCCCUAUUCAUCAAAGUUAUAUUUUGUAUCUAUGUCAGAAAUCAAUAUUUUUCAUCUUUAAGACACUCAGGCGCUACAAAUCUUCCAUAUAUUUCUCUUUUCUUGCAAUACCUUAAAAGCUGUUGUAAUUCUGCUGACAACUGAUCAGGUAUAUUUUUUGCUACAAUCUCUCCCUCUCCUUACUGAAGAUGAAAGACAGUAGCCAGGUAUCCAGGUAUGACAAGAAUUUGAACUGUAAUUCAAGCUCUAAUUCAAUGGCUCUAGGCUGUGCAAUGUUCCUAGUGGAUUGCCAGUGUCAUCAAAUAGUGUUUCUGUGAUAAUGAUAGCAGUCUAUCAUCAAAUGAGAUCUCUCUGCAAACCUGACAGUAACAUAUCUGCAACAGCUGACACUAAAAGGUUUUUGUGAAUAUUAAUGUGAAAGAAUUAUUUGAAUUAUCAGUAGCUGCAAAACAAGAACUUCUCUACAUUAUAAUCUUCCCAUUCAUAGCACAUUCUUUUGCGAAGCUAUAAUUUCUUUGUCAAAAGCUUUUUAUUUCGCCUUUCCUUUACAAGAAUUUAUGUCAUCUUUGAUCUGUUUUCUAAUUUCAUUUAUAUCUUAGUUGCUAUUGUAAAUAUCAACUUCCUUUUUCUUUUAUUGAUUCAUGCUCUGGCUCCACCUCCUAGAGUUUUAGUUGCUUGUAUCAAACCUAGUACUUUAUUUGACACUUAUUUUAUUGAUGAUGUAAGGGAUGAAAGAUAAAAUCAACCUUAGCAAAAAGUGACUAAAUACCACAUGGUGAUUUUGUUCAACGUGCUGAUUUUGAUUGACCAUCCCAUGCCAGUGUGUGUGUACACACACACAUGCACACACUCAAACACAAUAUUAUUGAACAGUAAUACUCAGUAUUCAACACUGCAUUUGGUGCAUUCAUUAUUUGUGGAUUAACAAAGCUACCAAUAGUUUCAUGUGGAAAGGGUAUCCACAUUUCUUCAAGCAAUCCAUUUCAAAAUACUGGUAAUCGUCUCCAUUUUUGGAUGGAGACAAUUAUCAGUGUUUUUAAAGGACAGCUUGAAAAAUUGUUGAUACCCUUUCCACAUGAAACCAUUGAUAGCUUUGUUGAUUCACAAAUAAAGUGUGUAUGUAUAUAUGUACAUCUGAUGAUUUUUGUAUAUGCAUUCUGCACAGUUACUCUUCUACUAAAAUAUAAUUCUCAAGACUGCUUAACUUCCCCAAAGUGCUGCACAGUGGGAUCAAAUCUGGAACUAUGUGGUAGCUAAGUGAACUUAACUAUAUAGCCAUAGUCUGUUGUUUAUCUUUUCUAGUUAAUUGCUUUAUCAAAUGUAACACUCUCUUGUAAGAAGUUUACCAGUAGCAUAUCUAUUGUUAUAAUGAUUUAUUACAAUAAGCCAUGCAAUGGAAUUGCUUUAGUGACCAAUUUGUGAUGCUUUAUAGUACAUUAUGAUAACAAAAUAUACCAAAGAUUAUCACAAAAAAGACCAAAAAUGAAUAUAACCAUAAAUAGUUUUAAAUGGCUGGUAUGAUUGUUCCACAGUUAGUUUUAGUUUAAACAUCUGAUAUCAGAUCAAGUGAUUUGCUAAACAAGUACAACUACAUAAUCAAUUCACUGAUUUUACUUAAUUAGCACCAUUGAUCUGCUUCUUCUAUCACUGUGUCAAUAUUGGAAAUAUAAAUGAGAUUUGAAUGAAUUUGCUGAAUGAAAUACACUCAAAAGUUUUUAAUAAAGUGAAAUUUUAAACAAAAACCUACUUGUAUUUGAAGAGGUGAGAUAAUUUCAUUAAAUUAAGAAUUGAUUAAAUUAAUUUGAUUGUCAUGCUUAAGAGGAAAAUUUUAUCUUUCUUAAAGACAGUGACAGUCUCUGAAGAAUAGACAAUAUGAACCUACUUAAUAAAUAGAGGCUUUUACUUAUUAUGUAAGUGUGGCUGUACUGAAUGAUGCAUGAAAAUAGAUUCUUAAUGAACUGAAAAUUUCCUCUAAGCUAGAUAAAGAAAACAAAAAUCUAGUGGCAUUUGUUAGCAAUUCACAAAAAAUAGAAGAAUGUAUUUCAAUGAAUUAAGAUUUAACUCUUAACAUCCUGUAUGGCACAAAUCUGCACAACAUCGUAUGUCUUUUUGUCAGUCCUAUGGUGCCUAAAACCAUCUGAAAUGAACUACUCAUGUUUAUACUUUUGUGGCUUUUGGAAGUAAUCUAAUCUAGAGAAGAAAACUUUAAAGUCCCUUCCACUAUCAUAGAAAUUCAGUGCAUCUAGUCAUACUUAGUUAAAAACCAUGCUGUUGUCUUAGCUCCACUAAUGUCUUUCAAGCAGUUUUUAUUAGCCUCCUGCUCUAACAUGCCUACAUCUAGAUUAUUAACAUAUAAAUAUAAAUUAUGCAGGUCUUGUAUAUUUUUAUCUGUUGCAAUAUGUCUGCAGGUACAAUUUGAGACACCAACCUUUGUGUGCACUGCCAUUAAACCAAAUUGUAACCUGUACGUUUCACAAGCAGCUAAGAGAGGGAAUGUUUGAUGUUUCAUCAUUUCUGGCAGCAUCGCUAAAAAUUAUUAGCAUGAUAGAUUUGGAUUCACUCUUUUCUUUUUUUUCAUUCUUUCUAUGUAUUAGAACUAUUUCUUCCAUGAGUUAUCCUUUUGCAGUCUGUUGAGGAACUGAGAAAUUGGAGAUUAUAUUGAUUCAGUAGGCUUUUAUUACAUAACUCUACCUCAUAGUUUGCUAGCCUACUUGUCAUUUUCUCUACUGAGGAAUCAUAAUUAACAAUAGAAAAUAUAAAAACGCAGCUGUGUAGUUUGUCUAAAUUACAUCUUGAGCAAAUUUUUUUCUUUGCAAAUUUAUUAAUUUAAUAACAAAGGCUUUCUGAAAACUGAUAUCUUUAUUCCAUUUUGAAAACUAACAUCUAUAUUCCAUUUUGUAAACUAAUAUCUAUAGUCCCUGUCAAUCUUAUGUGUUGUUUUGUUUGAUUUUCAUUUUGUCCACCUGUAAAAGAUCUGCUGGAAAAUUUCAUUCUGUUUCUAAACAAUCUUCAAAUAUUUUGCUCAAAACGUAAAUGUCUUUGCACUAACAUUCCAUCAUAAUAUAAGAUCAUGAAGCUAUUUGGCUUACCCUUCAGUCUGUCAACAUCCUUUGCUUAUGUUAAGUUGCUGUGCUACAUAAUUCAUCUCCGUCUUCUUUUACCGUUAUAUCAAGUAUACUAUUCUCUAAGUUAGUGACAAUCUGGCAUAUAUUUCAGUAUUUAAUCUCAUGUCUCUUCUUUAUUCCACUGUCAAAAAAAAAAAACAAAAAAAAAAAAAAAAAAAAAAAAAAAAAAAAGGGAUGGGGGGACAAUGUAAUGUGAAUGUUAAGGAUUCUUCACUGUGAGAGAUUAUUAGAGAGACUUUGCUUGUUGGCUCACUAGAUUAUUGAAGAUGUUGAUCAAUGAAUUGUCACUCUGUAAUUGAUAGUAGUAGAAGGUCUAGCAUAAUAUACAAUUUCAAAAUAUAUUAACAGAUCAAAUAAGAGUUUAAAGUGGUUUAAAUGUCAGCAUUAAGUUCUUUUAUAUAUUUAAAGCAAAACUGGGUUGUCUAUUAUGAUCAAAAUAGCACCAGAAUUCUGUGUAGCAGUAGGUCAGUCAUAUUUCUUCAUAAUCCUUUGCACUAUAUAUAUAUAUAUAUAUAUAUAUAUAUAUAUAUAUAUAUAUAUAUAUAUAUAUAUAUAUAUAGAUAUAUAUAUAUAUAUACUGUUUUUGUGUCUUUUGUCUAAAUUGUGUACUCUGAUGCUGCCUAUCAGCUGGUAUUAGUCACUAAGUCCAGUUGCUGUACUUUUUCAUCAAUACAAAUAAAAAGUAAGAUAUUUUGUUAUCAAUAUUGAUACAAAGAGUCAGAAAAUGACCAGAUAAUAAAGAGCUAGUUGAAAUAUGUCACUGUGAUAUUAUUAAACUCAAACAACAAUGAAAAUCAUGCUAUUCAUUGGUAGAGUAAUUUUUUUGUUUUUGUUUUUUAGAUGUAUAAAUGCAUCAGUCAUUUUAUAAGUUGUAACUGUAAAGAUAAGUUGCUGCUGACAGCCUGCUGUAUUCUGUUAACAGCAACUAUAUUCUGCCCUUUCCUGUCUGAGUUUGCCUUUGUGAUAAACUAGAUAUCAACCUAGCUUCAUUGUUGGCUGAUUAGUGACCACAAAAGGCAUCCAUGAUUCUUAUACAAAUAUCCAAGUUUGCCAAACAAACAAAACAGUAUUUUCCUCUCUUGCAUUUUCUAGUAUAGGAAAGUAGAUGUGAAAGAAACACAAAUUGCAAAAUUUGCUUAGCUGAAAUUACUAAUAUGUGUAAGUGUUAGUGAGAGUAUUAUUUCUAACUGAUGAUAAAUGCUUGUCUAGCAUGAUCUUACAGCACUCCAUGUUUACUUUUUUGAGGAGUAACAUAUAAACACUGUCUACUGUAACUGAAAUGACACACAGUAGGUACACAGCAAUAUCUUAUGAAGUAAACUGUUUGAAAAAUCAUUGGAAAAAAUAAUUUUCUGUUGUUGAUGGUAAUGGUGAAGAUAAUAAUUAUGAUUGAUUGUGUGUGUGUUCAUCAUGACUAGUUUCUCUGUACAGUGUUAUUUUGAAGGCAGUAUUCAAUACUUGUUUAGGAUAUAAUUCACCCAUACAUAAGACACAUCACUUUAAUUGCAUAGCCGAAAAAUAUACUUGAAAUAUCUGCUUAAACAAAUCAAUCAAAUGUCUAGAUUUGAAGACUUAUCCAACCAAUGCUAGCAUGAAAAAUCGGGUACUUCUCAAGUCUUGCAAUCCCAUGUCAGAAACAUGGUGUGUGCAUGCGCAUGUGUGUGUGUUAAUUUAUGUGUGUCUGUGUGUGUGUAUAUAUAUAUAUAUAUAGCACUCUUUACUCUCCAGCUGCUGGAAAGUUUUGUUUGUUAAAUACUCUAGUAUUCCAUCUCUCUCUUCUCUCUCUUGCUACCACAGUAAGGACUUUUAAUUACAGAAUCUAAUUUGCUGAAGUGAAUUAAUAAUAUAGAAACUUAAAUCCUCCUGGCUGGGUGAAAAUACCAUUUGCACAUUAAAUUAUUUAAUAUACAUAUUUUGUGAUUUUAUUUUUUGGAAGGAAGGGUUGAAGAGGGGAUUGUGAUGCAGUAAUAACUUCCCAGCUAAUCUAAUCCAAACUUGGUUUUGAUUAUCUUACUGAAACUGCUUCACUUAUAAUAAUCACUAAUGCUAUAAAUCUGGGUUUUUAUACUUAAGUAAAAAAAAAAAAAAAAAAUAAUAAUAAUAAAGGGUGUGUAGUUAUGUAUCAAUAGUAUUUGUAAAAUGUGCGUCUGCUUUGAAUUUUAAGUCUUAGAUUUUGGAAGACUGAGUACAUAGAGUACAAACAAUUUUCUACUAUGGAAAUAUUGCUGGCCAAACCCUGCUGUCUGGUUCCGUUCAAAACCAAUGAAUGUUUCUUCAUUGCUGACCACUUCAUUAAUCAUUCAACUCUACCCUUUUUCUGACCAAUCAUUCGCUCUGAAGAUCUCCAGUAAAUGAGACAAUCGCUCAAUUAAGUUAAAGAUUUUGCUAGCAAAGAAAUCAACAAAAAAAAUUAUGUAUAUGUGUGACAAUAACAAUGAGUUCUAUCUUGAAUGUCUCCUCCUUUCUCUCCCCACCUCCUCUGUUUUUUUCUCUCUCUCGUCUUACACUGCUUAAAGGUUAUGGAACAUAACUUUUCAGUUGUAGGAGUAUUCAGGAAGUUGGAGACAGUCUCCAUGAAAUUCAGCUGUGAUCGUUACUUCUUAGCCGAACAAUGCACUCUGUUUCAUCAUCAUCACCACCGCCUCAUGUUUUUACAUAUCACUUUGCCACAUCUUUCUCUAGUGCAUACUUUGAGGCGGGAAUGAUGAGGAAAAUGAAAAGGUUUAACUUGUAGAUCUUCCCAUUUCACCAAAUAUCAGCUGGUGUAUUGCGCCUGUGAUAGGAGUUGUUGGAAGUUCACAGCUGACCAAGCUAUUUUCUUUUUGCCAGCUCCAUUCCAUUGUGUAUAUAUCUUGACUGCAGGUAUUACUGUCUAAAAGAUGAUUCCAUCAUCUGAACAGAUCAAUGCUAUAUCAUGGUAGUCAAUAUUGCACAAAAUUUUUGUGCCAAUUCUGGAAGUAAAAACAAAACAAAACAAUAUUACAUAUUAAAGAAACAGAAUAUUGAACAAAUUGCUUAAUAACAUUUAAUCCAUUGUUUCAUUUGUAUUCUUCUGUCUAUUUCCUACAGUAUUCUGAGGAAAAAGAAAAAAAAAAAACCUCUAGUCGAAUUAGAUACCAGAAAAACUUGUUUCCGACAUAUAUAUAUAUAUAAUCAAGUCUGUUAAUUCUUGCUCCAGUGUUAAGCUGUCAAAUUAAAGAUGAUGUAUUGAAGUUGUCACAA